GAUCUACAUUUAAAGUAGUGGGGAUAUCGUUUGCGUAAAUAUUCUCUAGUAAGAGAUUUUAAGGUUUUGUUACAUUCUUAUAUUUAUCUUAGUUGUUUAUCAAUCUUGGAAGCUUGGAUUGUAUACCGUGAAUAGUGAAUCGACGGGUUUGUUCGAUAAUUGCUGUUGGUAGUGGAUGCUAAAUUAUUUCAAUCGUCGUAAAAUACCAGUCAGCUGCAGAUUAUUGCAAAAUGUGGAGCCAAUAAACCAAAAUUCUUGAUGUGCAUAUAAAUAUUGGGUAUUUAAUGGAGGUUGAAAAAAAAUAUGGGAACGAGGUAGAGCCAAAACCAUUAACGGCAUUGGACUCUGCAUUGAAUGAGUUAGGAAUGCUGGCUGCAAGUAGUAAUUCAAGAAAAGAAUAUGUGACUGAGAUUAAGACUCAAAACUAUUUAAAUAUGCUUACUAUUAACACAAGAUAUGUCAGCAAUGUGGCCUUUGGAUUUCGGGUGAGACCAAGUGCUCCACAUGUACGGUAUAAACCAUAUCAGUUGCCCCUGAAGGAGAGACAUAGAACAAAGUCAGAGAAUAACGAUGUAGAUGGUACAUCAACUUUAGCACAAAGAAUUGUAGAAGACUGCAUUUCAGAAUCCAUAGUUGAAAUUGCACAAUUAAAAAAGGCCAAGUCCCUUGAAAGUCUUGUCGCAGAUGGAAAUGAAAAUAUAGACUUGAAAUCUAUCCGUUAUUCAAGCCAUAGUGAUCUAGAAUUGGUGUCAGACGGGGUUCAAAAUCUAAAAGUCGGAGAAUAAAAUUGCUUAUUUAAGUGUAGAGGCAUCACUAACAAAUGUAUUUCUUAACUGUGACCCAAAAGUUUUAGUCUGAUUAUAACUUGAGCUUCGAUAAUUCUGUUAAAUGUUGUAGUCACAUGUAAAAUAACAUUGUCGGUAUUUAAGCUGAAUUUUGUGUACACCAAUCAACGUUUUAGUCAAAUAAACUCACAUGAAAUUCA